UCGUAAAGCCUCUUUUACGACGAAAUAACGAGGAAAACCGCCCUCGUUAAGGUGAUGUUUUCUUGUAGUGGUAGUUUGGUCCUUUAAGCAAUGGUUGAGAGAUAACAGAGCCGGGAUUGUCGCUUGAUGAAAGAUCGUAUGGAGAGAUCGUACGACGUCGAACCUCCACUUGCGUCUGCGAAGAUGGAGACUUCCCGGAGGAACCCUGAGUAUCAACAUGACCGUCGUCACUGCCCAUAUCUCAGACGAGAAGUAAAAGAGAUGUAGGAACCGAUAGGGAUCAAAGAUCAAAGUCGAGCUUUAAAAAAAAUUGUGUGUUUAUAGCUCUGAUACCAUGUCAAGAAACCUAGUAUCGUAUAAAGGAUUUCUUGUAUUGAUCAAGGUCAAAAGACCAAAGUAUAUAUACAUAUGAAGUUUCCUAAUAGCAGAAGAUAUGCACAUCUAGAUUACAGGAAUAUAUACAUAUUUGAAUAUAUCUGAAUACAUAUUAACAUAUUCGUAUAUAUCCUCUAAUAGACUUGGUUGGAACAUGCAUUCGGGAAUAUGUUCUGCAUACAUCAUUUUAGCAAAAAAAAAAAAAAAAUUCUUCUGCAUGGAAAACGUAAUAUCAAAUUGUCUUAAAGAACUAGCUAAAUGGAAACGAGGUUCCAAAUUAAAGGUGAUAAUUCUAAUCUUUACAACUUCUCUUAAGUGCUGCAGUAUAUUGAGAUUCAAUUUCUCGCGAGAUUUUUCAUUAGGCAAAACCUCUCGGUUUUGUAGUAUAGACUUCAAGAAAAGUUGUUUUGAAUUGUAUGUUGUAAUUUCGAUUUGUCUUGUGUUCUUAAAUUUAGCGUGUCCCUUUCUUCAAGGCAUUUUGCUAUGAGAUAUUUACGUUUUUGUAUCUGUGACUUUUAUUAGCAUUUUAUUUAGGUUCUUGUGUAUUGUUAUCACGAAAUUCUCAGUAAUCUUACUUAGGAUGCCAAAAAGGAAUCCAAAAUCUGUCCUUAAAAGGAACUUUCGAAUAUAAAUAUAAAACCAAAAAUAUUAAAUGAAAAUCAAAAACAUUUACGAAUUCUAAAUAAUAUUGUUAUAAAAUAUUUUUGUCAUUUCAAAUUAUUAGUGGAUUACUUAAAAAUAAAGUGUCUUUUUGAGUAUUUUAAAUGAGAAAUUCUCAUAUAUGGUAAAAAGCUCUUAUAAUAUGUGUAUAUUUAAGUUUGUUGAUUUUUGUCUAAAAAAAUAUAAUCAAAUAAGUGAAGUUUAUCAUGUUAAUAUUUUUUUAAAUACACGAAAUAACACGUACAGACACGUCAUACCUAAACUCUAGCCCAAACGAAAAUAUAAAACAUCGCCUCGUCGAGAGAAAAAAGACAAACUUUAUUCUCUUCUCUAACCUCUCAGCUUCUGCUGGAUCUCUCCAGCAGACGAUCUUCUUCUGAGAGAUUCGUACUGGUAAAGUGGUGUCUCUUCAUUUCUGUUUCGGGUCUCUGAUUUCGAUUUCACCCUUUGUGUUUUGAGGUUUUUCGAGCAAACAGGUUUUUUUAUUUGAUUUUCUAGUUUUUUUAUAUUUAUGGUUCUAUGGUAAGAACAGAGCUCAAGUAUCUGUUUGAUUCUCGACCGCUUAAUGAUUUGAUUGGCGUGGUAAUAUUUGCAUGUGAGUUUUAAUUACCUAGUGUUGAAUGGAAGUGAGCUUAUCUAUGUGGAUGGUUGUGUAAAUAUUAUAUGAAAGUUGUCAGCUUUUAUGCUGAUAUGAAAGCCUUAUUUCUAAUACUUCAUUUCUAGAAAGGAUGGUAAUGUUUUGGAUGUUAACUAUGUUUUAGAAACUUUUAAGUGAUUUUUGAUGAAAGUUUUUUGCUUUAUGUUGAUAUGAAAGGCUCAUUUCUAAUAAAGAUGGUAGUGUUGGAUGGAACUGGUAUUAACUAUGUUUUAGAAACUUCUUAGCUUUAUGCUGAUAUGAACUCAUUUUUAACAUUUCAUUUGUGUAAAGAAAGUUUGUGCUGGAUACAACUGACUUUAGCUUCUCUGUUGUAUAGUAAUAAUUCAGUUACAUUUCUAUUAGCUUUAUAUCAGAUCUGGAAAUAGCUGCAAGUUAGCUUGGGUAUUGCAGUCUGGGUGGAUAGCUUGUGGUUUUUUUUAAAAUCAAGUGUUAGUAGGAACUGUUUGUGUGCUUUAGGUUUUGGUGUGAUUAUAAAAAUCAGUUCUGGACUUGCUUCUACUUUGUUCCUUCUCCGAGUUUGAUAUCUUGAAUCAUUGGAAAGGCUCCAUAAAAAAAUUGGUCAUAGGUGGUUAUAAGAUCAUGUACAAAAUUUGGUCAUAGGUGGUUAUAAUAUCUUGAAUCAUUGGAAAGGCUCCAUAGUUUUCUUGCUGUUUGGUUGAAUAACAUUGACCUUCAAGGAAUGUUUUUUCCCUUUGUAAUCGAAUUAUUGGCCCAUUUUAAUCUCAUUGUAUCAAUAUUCUAGUUUCACACCCUUAUUUCUUCAUCAAGCCGAUGUUAGGAGGCUUAAACACAUUCUUGUCUCUCACUAUCGUCUCCACUCUAAAUCACAAUCUGUCCUGUAAACCAGAAUGCUCCGUUUUUGCAUUCCCAUCUCUACAUCUGCUGGGUCGUUCUCUUCAUCUUCCAUGCUUGUUUUGUCUUCAGAAUCGAAGGAACCAUGAGCUGGACAAUGUCUACAGAUCCAUUUUGCAUUUAGAAAACGGGGGAAAAAAAGUAUUUGCACUAGGAAAUGUUUUCGGAUUGGUGGUAACUGCCAACAAAGUGGCUGUAGUUUAGUGGUAAGAAUUCCACGUUGUGGCCUUGGAGACCUGGGCUCGAAUCCCAGCUCCACACUUUUUUUUUAUUUUUACUGGAAAGUAUUUAUGUUUUUCAUAAUCUUUAAAUCCCCAUCAGAUCAUUACCGUCCAUCUCUCCACCUGUCGUCUCUAUUUUUGCAGUAGAAAAAUCAUUAAUUCAGAUGUCAUAAUGGAUCCCAGCUCCUUGUAGACGUGGGAUGAAGGGAAGAAAAAUGUUUUAUCUUCUAAUUAUAUAUAGUGGGUUUUUGAUUAAAGCUAUCUUAUGAUUCUUAACAUAAUUUACAUUUGCUAGUGGUCAAAGAUUCCUAUUUUGAAAUAUGUUUGUUUUCAUAAAAAAGACAAGGUUUGCAGAGGAAAAAUAUUAAGCCAAAUGUUGCUGUUGCUCUUCCUCCUCCAUACAAUCAUCUUCUUCGUCAGAGGACAACGCAUCUUCUUCAGAUUGCUAAUAAAAUCCCAACAACAAAAAGUUAACAUAGAGACACAGAAGUCCAACUACUUGUUGUUACAAGUAGAGUAGAGUUACCAUUAUUUACUAAUUUAUUCAUGUCUUGGUUAAAUAUUAAGCCAAACUUAACCAACUCUGAAAUAGAUAACUUUAGAAUAUUAUAGAUGAUGAUAAUUAUAAGUGGACAAUAUUUUUGGGAGCUUACGAGGAAUUGGUGUCGGAGAUGGGGAUUUAAAGAUUAUGAAAAACAUAAAUACUUUCCAGUAAAAAUAAAAUUAAAGUGUGGCUGCUGGGAUUCGAGCCCAGGUCUCCACGGCCACAACGUGGAAUUCUUACCACUAAACUACAGCCACUGUUGGCAGUUACCACCAAUCCGAAAACAUUUCCUAGUGCAAAUACUUUUUUCCCCCGUUUUCUAAAUGCAAAAUGGAUCUGUAGACAUUGUCCAGCUCAUGGUUCCUUCGAUUCUGAAGACAAAACAAGCAUGGAAGAUGAAGAGAACGACCCAGCAGAUGUAGAGAUGGGAAUGCAAAAACGAAGCAUUCUGGUUUACAGGACAGAUUGUGAAUUAGAGUGGAGACGAUAGUGAGAGACAAGAAUGUGUUUAAGCCUCCUAACAUCGGCUUGAUGAAGAAAUAAGGGUGUGAAACUAGAAUAUUGAUACAAUGAGAUUAAAAUGGGCCAAUAAUUCGAUUACAAAGGGAAAAAACAUUCCUUGAAGGUCAAUGUUAUUCAACCAAACAGCAAGAAAACUUAUGGAGCCUUUCCAAUGAUUCAAGAUAUUAUAACCACCUAUGACCAAAUUUUGUACAUGAUCUUAUAACCACCUAUGACCAAUUUUUUUAUGGAGCCUUUCCAAUGAUUCAAGAUAUCAAACUCUGAGAAGGAACAAAGUAGAAGCAAGUCCAGAACUGAUUUUUAUAAUCACACCAAAACCUAAAGCACACAAACAGUUCCUACUAACACUUGAUUUUAAAAAAACCACAAGCUAUCCACCCAGACUGCAAUACCCAAGCUAACUUGCAGCUAUUUCCAGAUCUGAUAUAAAGCAAAUAGAAAUGUAACUGACUUAUUACUAUACAGCAGAGAAGCUAAAGUCAGUUGUAUCCAGCACAAACUUUCUUUACACAAAUGAAAUGUUAAAAAUGAGUUCAUAUCAGCAUAAAGCUAAGAAGUUUCUAAAACAUAGUUAAUAUCAGUUCCAUCCAACACUACCAUCUUUAUUAGAAAUAAGCCUUUCAUAUCAACAUAAAGCAAAAAACUUUCAUCAAAAAUCACUUCAAAGUUUCUAAAACAUAGUUAACAUCCAAAACAUUACCAUCCUUUCUAGAAAUGAAGUAUUAGAAAUAAGGCUUUCAUAUCAGCAUAAAAGCUGACAACUUUCAUAUAAUAUUUACACAACCAUCCACAUAGAUAAGCUCACUUCCAUUCAACACUAGGUAAUUAAAACUCACAUGCAAAUAUUACCAUGCCAAUCAAAUCAUUAAGCGGUCGAGAAUCAAACAGAUACUUGAGCUCUGUUCUUACCAUAGAACCAUAAAUAUAAAAAAAUUAGAAAAUCAAAUACAAAAACCUGUUUGCUCGAAAAACCUCAAAACACAAAGGGUGAAAUCGAAAUCAGAGACCCGAAACAGAAAUGAAGAGACACCACUUUACCAGUACGAAUCUCUCCGAAGAAGAUCGUCUGCUGGAGAGAUCCAGCAGAAGCUGAGAGGUUAGAGAAGAGAAUAAAGUUUGUCUUUUUUCUCUCGACGAGCCGAUGUUUUAUAUUUUCGUUUGUGCUAGAGUUUAGGUAUGACGUGUCUGUACGUGUUAUUUCGUGUAUUUAAAAAGAUAUUAAUAUGAUAAACUUCACUUAUUUGAUUAUAUUUUUUUAGACAAAACUCAACAAACUUAAAUAUACACAUAUUAUAAGAGCUUUUCACCAUAUAUGAGAAUUUCUCAUUUAAAAUACUCAAAAAGACGCUUUAUUUUUAAGUAAUCCACUAAUAAUUUGAAAUGACAUAAAUAUUUUAUAACAAUAUUAUUUAGAAUUCGUAAAUGUUUUUGAUUUUCAUUUAAUAUUUUUGGUUUUAUAUUUAUAUUCGAAAGUUCCUUUUAAGGACAGAUUUUGGAUUCCUUUUUGGCAUCCUAAGUAAGAUUAUUGAGAAUUUCGUGAUAACAAUACACAAGAACCUAAAUAAAUUAAAAAAAAAAAUGAAUUGACAAAAAAAAAAAGAACCUAAAUAAAAUGCUAAUAAAAGUCACAGAUACAAAAACGUAAAUAUCUCAUAGAAAAAUGCCUUGAAGAAAGGGACACGCUAAAUUUAAGAACACAAGACAAAUCGAAAUUACAACAUACAAUUCAAAAACAACUUUUCUUGAAGUCUAUACUACAAAACCGAGAGAUUUUGCCUAAUGAAAAAUCUCGCGAGAAAUUGAAUCUCAAUAUACUGCAGCACUUAAGAGAAGUUGUAAAGAUUAGAAUUAUCACCUUUAAUUUGGAACCUCGUUUCCAUUUAGCUAGUUCUUUAAGACAAUUUGAUAUUACGUUUUCCAUGCAGAAGAAUUUUUUUUUUUUUUUUUUGCUAAAAUGAUGUAUGCAGAACAUAUUCCCGAAUGCAUGUUCCAGCCAAGUCAAAGAUCUUCAUAGGUUUUAAUGCAAUCUCAAAAUUUCUAGCAUACCAAAAAAUUAUAAAAAAUAAAUAAAAAAAACUAACAGUUGUGGUUCAAGCUCUUCAGUUGGAGAAAGAGGCAAAAGCUAAAGGCAUUCAAGCUGUGGACAUAGAAAUUCCACCUCCUUGUCCUAAAAGAAAACCCAAUGCUCCUUAUCCUCGGAAACCUGGCCCAUCAGCAAAACUUGUAUCUUCUUCACAUUGUAACCAGGGGUUCUUGGAUGUGCCGAGUUCUCAGGUUUAUUCCUAAUUUUUUUGCUCUUCAUUCUAUCAAUUUUUUUUUUUCAUUCCUUGUGGUAGUAGAUUUGUUAUGCUUUUAUUUUAUGGUUAGAAAACAUCAACUGGGAAAGAAAAUCAAGAUGAGAACUGCUCAGGGGUGACCAAGUAUCCCUUACCAAAUAAUGUAACUCCAACGUUAAAAAGGCAAGUGCCGAUAAUGAAACAAGCAAGGCCUCAAAUGUGGACAACAACAUGGUUCAAGAGAAGAACAAGGACAGAGAUGAUGAUGAUGAUGGUAUGCACAGCGCAAGGGAGCAUUUUCCGGUGGACUUUGUAAACGGAAAUGUGGCAAAAUACCCUCAGUUCCAUCCCCCAGGUAUGGUAUCUCCAGACUUAAUGUUUUGUCCUAUGGGAGACCUAGUUCAUGUGAAUCAUCCAGCUACAAGAGCAUCAUCAUCAUAUGCUACUACUAGUACAACUUCUCAACAAGCCUUUCCAGCAUGCCCUUCCCAAGAUGAUUACCGUUCGUUUCUCCACAUGUCUUCUACUUUCUCCAAUCUUAUCAUGUCAACUCUCCUACAGAACCCUGCAGCUCAUGCUGCAGCCACACUCGCUGCUUCGGUCUGGCCCUAUACUAAUAAUGUUGGAGAUUCAUCAACGCAAAUGAGCUCUUCUCCUCCAAGUAUAGCAGCCAUUGUUGCUGCUACCGUAGCUGCUGCAACUGCUUGGUGGGCUUCUCAUGGACUUCUUCCUCCUACUCCACUCCACUUACCAGUUCCAACUCCAAAUGAUCAACUAAUUGAGAAACAAAGCACAACCUUUCAAGAUCAAAACAUGGCUUCAUCAUCCGACGAUUCAGAGGAGACUGGAAUUACCAAGCUAAAGGCUGAGAAGGAGGAAGUUGUUGUGGCUGCUGCUGCUGUUGUGCAAGAUUCUCAGAAGAAAAAUCCAGUGGACCGCUCAUCGUGUGGAUUAAACACACCUUCAGGGAGUGACGCGGAAAUAGACGCAUUGGAUAAAAUGGAGAAAGAAAAAGAGGCAGGUGUUACUAGUGAGUUAAGCAACCGUCGGAGUAAAAUCAACAACAACAACCAAACUACUGAUUCAUGGAAGGAAGUCUCUCAAGGGGGUCGUAUAGCGUUUCAGGCUCUCUUUGCAAGAGAGAGACUGCCACAAAGCUUUUCACCUCCUCAAGUGGCAGAGAAUGUGAAUGGAAAACAAAGCGAUAGAGAGAGAAGCGAUUCUCCCUUUUGUCUCUCCCCACAUAACCCUAAAAACCUAGAUCUGCCGCCGUGCUCCUCCAUCUCCGGUGACCAGAAGCUCCUCUAGCUCUGGUCGCCACCCCCUGUUACUAGAGCCACCAAGCCUUUUUCCCUUAGCUUCUCCUUCUUGCUAGCACUCCUUCUUGUUUGGUGUUCUGGAGUUUCGCCGAGAGCAAACUAACCGGAGCUUCAUUAGUAUGUGGCUCCCCUGGAGCACCAACGAGGAGUGGCUCUGUCGGAGUGUCUAAGGAGCCUUCGUUUCAGCCCUGAUUUACCAAUCGGAGCAGAUCUGGGUCAGAUCUGAUCUUGCAUAUACCGAAGAAGUUGGACGAGCGUCGCUGCCUCCUCUACCCUUCUCGGUCGUGGCUUGUACCCGUGCGGCUUUGACGGGCUCGUCUCAAUGUAUCUUUGAGCUUCUCCUCUCCGUUUCGGAGAAACCAGCGGUGUCAAGGCUAACCACUCGGAGGACCUCUGUUAUUAGUUCAAUCGACGACA